AUGCCUCCUAUCAAGUCAUAUGAUCCUAACAUCAGAGAUAAUGUUAGGAUGGUGUACUUAGAGAAGGGUUCUUGUCAACCAUAUGAACAUGAUUUUCCAAGAAGAUCAAUGAGAAAUGAUAAUAGAUGUCUUCAGAAAGAAUGGUUCUCCGAAUUUUAUUGGUUUGAAUAUAGUAUAGAAAAGGAUGCGAUGUACUAUUUGCAUUGCUACUUGCUCAAACUCGAUAGAGGGGGUCAAGGAGGUGGACAUAGAUUUACUAAGAACGGCUUUAGGGAUUGGAAGCACAAAAAGACAUUGAAAGUUCAUGUCGGUCUUUUUGAUAGUGAUCAUAAUCAAGCUUUUGCAAAGUGUACCAACUUGAUGAGUCAAAAGCAAAAUGCUAUUCGAACAAGUUAUCAAGCUAAUAUUCUGGAGAAGUUUAAUAUUGGGAAACUUACUGGUGGAAGUGGUCAAUUUCAAGAAAUGAGUUUGGCAUGCCCAGGUGAUACUAGGUGGGGCUCACAUCUACUGAUAAUUACUCGUUUCACUAAUAUGUUUAAUGCUAUCAUAGAUGUUCUUGAAAAUAUAUCAGAAGAUGGCAUACAUUCAGAUAAAAAAUCUACGGCUGUAAGACAGAUGAACGCUAUGCAAAAUUUUGAGUUUGUGCUCAGUCUCUACUUUAUGUUUAAAAUUCUUUCAAUUACAGACGACCGUUCACAAGCCUUACAGAAAAAGGAUCAAGAUAUUCAGAAUGCUACGAGGUUAAUGAAUUUGUGUAAGUGUGCAUUGCACAACCAGAGAGAGAAUGGUUGGGAUACUUUACUUUGUAGGAUGAUUGAGUUUUGUGUUGAUGGACAUAUUUUAGUGCCCAAUAUGGAAGAUAUUUUAGUAGUGAAAGGUCGACCUAGGCGUAUAGCUCAGCAGAUAGACUCAACCUUGCAAGAGUUGACUGAUCUUUUUCCAGAAACAACUACUGAGCUCUUUACUUACAUUUCAUGUUUAACUCCAAAAGAUUCAUUUGUAGCUUCUGAUAAGGAUAAAUUGCUACGUCUUGCUCAGUUCUAUUCUUUGGACUUCAAUAGUAAAGAUCUUUUAUUACUUAGACCUCAACUUGAUAAGUUUCUUUUGCUUGUGAGAAUGGAUGAAGCUUUCUUUAAUCUCAAUAGCAUACCUUGUAUAGUUCAGAAGUUGGUUGAAACUAGAAGUUCCUGUUAUUUUCCAUUGGUUUAUAGGUUGCUUACCUUGGCUUUGAUAUUACCUAUGGCAACUGCAAGUGUUGAAAGGGUAUUUUUUGCUAUGAAUCUAAUUAAAAGUGAUUUGCGGAACAAAAUGGGAGAUGACUGGUUGAAUGACAAUUUGGUAGUUUAUGUAGAGAAAGCUAUUUUUAAAAAACUUGAGAAUGAGGCAAUAUUGCAAGGAUUUCAAAUCAUAAGACCCUGUAGAAUGCAGUUGUCUAAGUUUACAGUUAUAGAGUAA